GUGUCAGAACUCUCCUGAGUAGAAAACGUAAGAUGAUGUAAAGCGGAUCUCCAAUAAAGACUCUCUCUUUUAGCUCCGGGUGUGGCGUGUAAACUCAAACGUAGAACAAUCUUGUGUUGUUGGUAGGUGGGAUGGAAAACAGAACUCCUCCUUUUUAUUUUAACCUCACCAUGUUUGUGAACAUCAGACACUAUCGCUUGGUGGCCUUUACGUUUUGUGUGCUGCUGUACAGCUUUAUCGUCUCUGCCAACCUGCUCCUGAUCCUGGUGAUAACACAGCACAGAGCGCUGCACCAGCCCAUGUACAUGUUCAUCGCUCUGCUGUCUCUCAACUCCCUGUAUGGCUCUACUGGUUUCUUCCCCAGAUUCCUCAUGGACCUGCUGGCUGAUGUUCAUUUGAUUUCAUAUCCUGCUUGUUUCACUCAGAUUUAUAUCAUUUACACGUAUGCUGUCAAUGAACUGACCAUACUCAGCGUCAUGGCUUAUGAUCGACACGUGGCUGUUUGCCAUCCUCUACACUAUUACAGAAAAAUCACUCCUAAAGCGGUGGUGGUUUUGUCAACGCUGGCCUGGAUUUUUCCAGCUUUGGUCGUUUCUGCAGUCAUUUCCCUGUCUGCUCAGCUUCCUUUAUGUGGCAACGAGAUACAGAAAGUCUUCUGUGCCAACUGGAAUGUGGUUAAAUUAUCAUGCGUUAGCACUAACGUUAAUAAUAUUUUAGGCAUUUUUAUAAUCAUAACUACAGUUUCCCUUCCUAUUUUUUUCUUAUACACCUACCUACGAAUUUUUCUUGUAUGCUGGAGGAAAUCAGCAGAGUUCAAAGGUAAAGUGCUGCAGACGUGCCUUCCACACCUCGUGUCCUUUGUUGUUUAUCUCAUCACGAGCAUUUGUGAUUUUGCGUUGAGUCGUUCCAGGCUGGGAGACCUAAAUUCCUUUGCUGCUGUGAUUUUAUCUCUGGAGUUUGUUGUAAUUCCUCCUGUUUUAAAUCCUCUUAUAUACGGACUUAAUCUUCCAGAUAUCAGAAGACGCAUUUUUGGGUUGUUACAGGGGAACAAAAGAUGA